AUGGCAGAACAUCUGUCCCAGAGCGAACUGGACUACCCCUUUAAACUGCUGGAGUAUUUCAAUGGAUUCAGAGUCUCAAAGGUUAUCUUCUCAGCCUGUGAGUUGGGGGUUUUUGACCUCCUGCUGCUGUCCCAGAAGCCUCUGUCUGCGGAGCUCGUGGCCCAGGAGCUGGGCGCCAGCGUGGACGGGAUUGAACGCCUUCUGGACGUACUGGUGGGAGUCGACAUCCUGGAGGUGGAGCAGAUAGACGGGACAGCCUGUUACAGCAGUACUGAUGUGGCCAACCUCUACCUGGCCAAGGGCAGCGCCAAGUCUCUUCAUGACAUGAUCAUCUACCAAUCACAGACCAUCUACCCUCUGUGGAACAACAUGGUGCACGCUGUCAGAGAGGGGAAAAACCAAAAUGAAAAAACAUUUGGCAUCUCACCUGAAGACAUCUUCCAAACCAUCUACAGGUCAGAGGAGGAGAUGCUGAAGUUUAUGGGUCUGAUGAACUCAACAUGGAUCCUGGAUGGACACGACAUCGUCACAGCCUUCAACCUGUCCUGCUUUAAGGCCAUGGUGGACCUUGGAGGUUGUUCGGGGGCUCUGGCCAGGGAGCUGUCCAAGGCCUACCCCUCCUCCUCUGUCACUGUGCUGGACCUUCCUACAGUCAUCCAGACAGCCAGACAGCACUUCUCUGAACAGGACGACACCAUCGUGUUUCAGGAGGGAGACUUCUUUGAUGGAGACAUCCCUCCAGCUGAUCUGUAUAUCUUGGCCAGAAUCCUCCAUGACUGGAAGGAAGAGAAAUGUGUUCAGCUGCUGAAAAAGAUCCAUGCAUGUUGUCAACCAGGUGGUGGGGUUCUGUUGGUGGAGGCUCUACUGUUUGAGAACCGUCGAGGUCCAGUGAUGGCUCAGAUCUUCUCCCUCAACAUGUUGGUCCAGACGGAGGGGAAGGAGCAUCCUCCCUCUCAGUACUCUAACAUGCUCUCCUUCGCUGGCUUCCACAACGUCCAGGUCUGUCGGACAGGGAAGUCCUACGAUGCCAUCCUGGCCAUCAAAUGA